AGAGAGGGAUGGGGGGGUUAUAAACAUAACCUCUCCGUUUUUUCUCCGCUCUUGGCAUUUGAUGGGGCCAGUUUAAGAUGAUGCUCUUAAUCUCCCAGUAGAUAUGUUACCCGCAAGAAAGAAGAAAAUCCCCGAGUCCUCCAGACGGGAAUCACUGCCGCUGUGUUAGCAUUUUACUCAGAGGAGCUGUUUGAACGGUGGGACGGAGAGGGAGCUAGAGACUCUUCUCCAGCUCCAGCUGCCAUCCUACUCCUGCUCCUCCCCCUCCUUCACCACCACCUCCUCCUCCACCAGAACCACUUCUCUUUCUCAUCACAUUCAGAGCAUUUUUGGAGAUGUGAGGAAUAGGAAGAGAUUGGUGAUAUUGAGCAGCCUGUGCAUUGACACGACCUCUUGACCUCAUCUUCAGCAUGAAUGGUGAUAUGCCUCAUGUUCCCAUCACUACUCUUGCUGGAAUUGCUAGCCUGACAGACUUGUUGAACCAGCUGCCCUUGCCUUCUCCUCUCCCCGCCACCACUGCUAAGAGUCUGCUCUACAAUGGAAGGAUCUCCGAAGAGGUUGGCAGCCUUCUGUUGUGUCGAGAUGAAAAUCUGGUGACUCAGCUGGCACAAAGCCUUAAGCAGGUCUCCACCGAACACAUAGAGCUGAAGGACAACUUGGGGAAUGAUGAACCCGAGGGUGACAUGCCAAUGCUUCUACAAACUCUGCUGUCCAGGAACCCCAAAAUAUUCAGGGACAAAAGUAUGUCAACCCAGUACAAGGUUUGGGGUGGUGUAAUGCAGCAGCCAAUGAUGCAACAGUAUAAGAUUUCUCAGAAUCAGGUGCAUGGGAGUCCAGGAUCAAAUUAUCAGCAAACCACUGUCCCUCAAAGCCCCUCUGGGUGCUUUACAUCCCCACAGUCUGGCUCAGGUACUCGGUUUGUACCCCAGCAAAACAGCCCUAUUCCUAGUCCCUAUACCCCUCAGAGUCCUGCAGACUAUAUGCAGUACAAUCCACCCAAUUAUUCUCAACACCAACAGCAAGUUGCUGGUAGUGUGAGGAAUAUCCAUGACAACAAGGUCUCUGGACAACUAUCAAGUAAUUCAUCAAAUCAUAAUGUGAGACUAGGCUCAGAGGGGGACUACAUGCACAUGGCUCACAGACUUGGAAAUGAGGAGAAUGACCCCUCCUUGAGGGCUGCCCCUUUUCCCGUUAGAUCACCACAGUCUGUGUGUUCUCCUGCUGGGAGUGAAGAGACUGCAAAAACAGGGGCCAGGCCCCCUCUUAUCAUGCAAUCACCUCCACCUGACGUGCCACUAGCUGUAGCGCCUGACCGGCUCUUCACCUCUGCUGACCGCAAAAAGAAGCAGAAAGAAAGGAGUAAAGAAGAGAUGGACAAAAAUGCCUUGUAUGGCAUUGUUAGUUCCCCAUCAAAAGACUCUGCUAGGUUGACUUUAAAACUGUCACGUGUGAAGAGUUCAGAAAUGGAUCAACCUGGAGAACUUCACCCUGGGACACAUAUUGAUUCAGACCAUGAAACUGAUUUGAGGAAUAAUAAUAAUCAGUUGUCAAGGACUGCCCGGGAGUUGUCAUGCAAGUUAGUUGCCGAGGAACAGGCAAACUGUCAUCAGAUUCCUGUUCGGCCAACUAUCAGGGACUCUGGGAUCGUCAGUGGGGUUGUGUUUGAUGAUGCUGAAAUAGACACACUUGCAGAGAUUGACAGAAUGGAACGCGAGUCUGGCAGUGAGAAAGAGAGGUGGUCUAAAGAGGUCCAAGAUAAAGAUAAGCCACUGAAGAAACGUAAGCAGGACUCGUAUCCUCAGGAAUCCGGAGCUGAGUCAAGUGACGUGCCUACCAUACAAGGGGCCAACACUGACAGCAAUUUGACACCCAAGAAGACGAAUGCCUCAAGUAAUGGUGGCAGUCGGCCUGCUUUGAUGGUCAGUAUUGAUCUGCAGCAAGCUGGCAGAGUGAUAGGGCAGCCUGUAGUGGUCUUGGAAGCACCGCAGUUAUGUGAGGACCACAUACAGCUUAUAAAGUCAAAGAAUGAUGGAAAAGUGGAUAAAGUUGUUGAAAACAGGCCUGUGAUCAUCAAACAACAUACUGAGAACCCCAGGAACUCUGGCUCAGAUGGGCAAGCAGAAACCCCUAAACACAAACUGGAAAAACGGCGCGAAUCCAAACACAGACAUGAUGGUAAAACUGAGAGUGCAAAGGGACACUCACAUGAUAGACAACCAGAUAAACAGACCAAACAUGACAGGCAUUCAGACUCACACCACAGAGAGGAAAAGAACCACAACAGUCACCGGCCCCAUGUCAACCAACAUAAGAUUCAAAAAUCCAUGAGCAGGGUGGAGUGCAACUCCAGACACGGAGAAGACAAAGUCAAGGAUCGAAAUAAGACUAGAGAUCGAGACAGAGAAAGGGACAGAGAUCGAGUUAAAGAUAGAGAUAGAGACAGGGACAGAGACAAAGACAGGGAAAGGAAACACAAAACAUCAAGGGAAAACUGCAACAGACGCUCUCCUGACCGGCAUACGAAACCUGAAAGCCCUACAUUGAAGCAAGACAAAAGCAGAAAAUCGACUGACCUCAAUGGUCGACAGAGGGCGGAGUAUUCCAGCCUUAGCAACGCCCAGAAUAAGGAAGAGAAGAGAAGCAGGGAUGGCAGCAUUAGCUGUCAAAAUAGAAACAAACAUCAGCUGUUCGAGACAAAACCCGGUGGGUUCCCGUCAUACCUGCUGAGUGGCAAGUCAGGAAGUCUGAAGAACUUUGUGAUUCCCAAAGUAAAGCGGGAUGGCAAAGGUAAAGAUUCCCAACAUCCAGAUGAAUUGAAAAUGGACUGGAAUGAACCCCAUGUCAGGCUGGAGAGAGUGUCAUUACUAGAGAACUUAAACAAAGGAACUAAGCCUGUUGUUGUGAUUAAAAGACUAAGUAUUGAUGAGGUAAAAAGGAUCAUUAAGGAAAGCAGGAAUGCACAGAGUUCCAGAUCCAGGAAGUGGUCUUCCUUUGAGAAACCAGACAGAGAGAUGUCACUUUAUGAGGGAACAAACAAGCGAAAACACAACAUGAUCAGUAAGAGAUCCAAGUACGCUGAGGUGGACUCAGAUGAAGGCAAUGAUGAGUAUGCGAGGAAACGGCACAAGAAAGAUCACAACAAGACGUGGAAGUACGAAGAGAGGAGAGGUUCUGGAGAGCAACUGCGACGAGGAGGUCCUCAGAAUGCUCGCCAGGGGUCUGGUAACCGCCGCCGUGAAUGCAGCCCGGAUGAUUUAAGUGAAGGCUCUUCACCACAAAACAUGAGUGAUGUUGCCAGAAAGUUGAAGAAAAAGGAGAAACAGAAAAAAAGGAAGGCAUACGAAUCGUUAGAGGAAAUGAUGGACUCCUCCACAUUUAAGAGAUUUUCGGCCACACUGGACAACAUCCUUGAGAACCUUGAGGACGUGGACUUCACUGGUGCAGAUGAUGAUGAGAUACCUGAAGAGCUCUUGCUUGGAAAACACCGGUUGAGCGAACUAGGCAGCGAUUCUGCUAAACUUAAAGCUAUGGGCGUCUUUAACAAGUUACCGUCGGAUAAACUGGUGAAAAUUUUGAACAUCCUGGAGAAGAACAUUCAGGACAGUGUCAAACUUUCCACAUUAAUGAACCAUGGUAAUGACUCUAUGGAGGAGGAGCGGCUGUGGCGUGACUUGAUCAUAGAACGGGUGACAAAGUCUGCUGACGCCUGUUUGACUGCGCUCAACAUCAUGACAUCUCCACGCAUGCCCAAAGCCGUUUACAUAGAGGAUGUGAUUGAGAGGGUGUUGCAGUACACCAAGUUCCAUCUGCAAAACUCUUUGUACCCUCAGUAUGACCCGUCCUAUAGAGUGGAUCCGCAUGGAGGUGGCGCGCAUUCUUCAAAGUCUAAGAAAGCAAAGAGUUCCACCCACAAACAGAAGGUGGUAGUCGUGCUCUACAACAAAGUGUGUGAUAUUGUCAGCAACAUCUCAGAGCUCCUGGAGAUCCAGCUGCUAACUGACACCACAAUUCUCCAGGUGUCCACUCUGGGUAUUACGCCAUUUUUUGUGGAGAAUGUUAAUGAGCUCCAGCUAUGUGCCAUCACACUAGUGACAGCCGUGUUCUCUCGUUACGAGAAGCACAGGCAGCUCAUUCUUGAAGAGAUUUUCACCUCCCUGGCAAGACUGCCUACCAGUAAACGCAGCCUCAGGAACUUUAGGUUAAACAGCAGUGAUUUGGCUGGAGAGCCCUUGUAUAUCCAGAUGGUCACAGCACUGGUUUUACAGCUCAUCCAAUGUGUGGUGCACCUUCCAUCAGAUAACGAUGCAGAGGAUGAACAUAAUAAGAAGGUGGAUAAAGACGUCUUCAUCACAAACUCUUAUGAAACUGCCAUGAGGACGGCUCAGAACUUCUUAUCAGUGUUUCUUAAAAAGUGUGGCAGCAAGCAGGGAGAGGAGGACUACAGGCCUCUGUUUGAGAACUUUGUUCAUGACCUGCUGUCUACAGUCAACAAGCCUGAGUGGCCCGCAGCUGAACUGCUGCUUAGUCUACUCGGACGGCUGUUGGUGCACCAGUUCAGUAACAAGCAGACAGAAAUGGCACUCAGGGUGGCAUCGCUGGACUACCUCGGCACUGUUGCUUCUCGCCUGCGCAAAGAUGCAGUCACUAGCAAGAUGGACCAAAAGGCUAUUGAUCGCAUCCUGAAAGAGACUCCAGACAGUGAUGAAGUUCAGCAGCUUCAGAAGGCCUUGCUAGACUACCUGGAUGAGAACAUUGAGACAGAUGGAUUGAGACACUCUCUGGUGUUUGCCAGGAAGUUUUAUAUUGCCCAGUGGUUCAGAGACACUACAAGUGAAGCAGAGAAAGCGAUGAAGUCUCAAAAUGACAACGACGAGGACUUAAAAGGUCGAUAUCAUUCCCAAGACGUUGACUCAACUGCAGAGAUUAUGCAGAAAGCUGAGGCACGAAAGAAAUUCCUCCGCAAGGUCAUCAGGGCUUCACCACCACGUUUCAGUUCUCUGAGGUUAAACUCUGACACAGUAGACUAUGAGCACUGCUGUCUGAUUGUGAGAUACCUGGCCUCUAUGAGGCCGUUUGCACAGAGCUUUGAUAUUUAUUUAUCACAGAUUCUGAGAGUGCUGGGUGAGAGUGCUAUUGCAGUCCGAACUAAAGCCAUGAAGUGUCUGUCUGAAGUAGUAGCUGUGGAUCCAAGUAUUCUGGCACGAUUGGAUAUGCAGCGUGGGGUUCAUUGUCGCCUCAUGGACAACUCCACCAGUGUGCGAGAGGCAGCUGUGGAGCUCCUUGGCCGGUUUGUGCUCAGUCGACCGCAGCUCAUUGAGCAGUACUAUGACAUGCUUGUUGAAAGGAUAUUGGACACUGGUAUUAGUGUAAGGAAGAGGGUCAUUAAGAUCUUGAGGGACAUUUGCCUGGAGCAGCCGGACUUCCAUAAGAUCACUGAGAUGUGUGUCAAGAUGAUCCGAAGGGUCAAUGAUGAGGAGGGGAUCAAGAAACUGGUGAACGAGACAUUCCAGAAACUGUGGUUCACUCCCACACCAAGUCAUGACAAAGAUGCCAUGACGCGGAAGAUCCUGAACAUCACAGAUGUGGUGUCGGCUUGUAAAGAUUCAGGCUACGACUGGUUUGAGCAGCUUCUCCAAAAUCUACUGAAGUCUGAAGAGCAAGCUUCCUACAAACCUGCCAAGAAGGCCUGUGCUCAGCUGGUUGACAAUCUGGUGGAACAUAUACUGAAAUAUGAGGAGUCUCUUGCAGACUGUGAGGACAAAGGAGUGAACUCAGAUCGUCUCGUUGCAUGUAUCACUACUCUCUACCUGUUCAGCAAGAUCAGAGCACAGUUAAUGGUCAAACAUGCCAUGACUAUGCAGCCAUACUUGACCACCAAGUGCAAUACGCAGAAUGACUUCAUGGUGAUAUGUAAUGUGGCAAAGAUCCUGGAACUGGUUGUUCCUCUGAUGGACCAUCCAAGUGAGACUUUCCUCACUACCAUAGAGGAAGACCUGAUGAAGCUCAUCAUCAAAUAUGGCAUGACGGUUGUACAACACUGUGUGAGCUGUCUUGGUGCUGUUGUCAACAAGGUCACACACAACUACAAGUUUGUUUGGGCUUGUUUCAACCGUUACUAUGGAGCUCUGGCCAAACUGAAGACCCAGCACCAAGAGGACCCCAGCAGCCCCACUCUGGUUACCAACAAGCCCACUCUCCUGCGCUCGCUGUUUACUGUGGGGGCUCUCUGUCGACACUUUGAUUUUGACCAAGAGGAGUUCAAGGGUGCUAACAAGAUUGUCAUUAAGGACAAAGUGUUAGAGCUUCUGUUGUACUUCACCUCUCAUGAAGAUGAGGAGGUCCAGAUCAAGGCCAUCAUAGGUCUAGGCUUCCAGUUCAUCAUGCACCCAGAGCUCAUGUUUGUGCAGGAUGUGAAGGUUCUGUAUAACAGCAUCCUGUCAGAUGAAAACAGUUUGGUCAGUCUGAAGAUCCAGGUGCUGAAAAAUCUGCAGACAUACUUGCAAGAGGAGGACUCUCGAAUGCAGGAGGCUGAUCGCGAGUGGAAGAAUCAAUCAAAGCAGGAGGAUCUGAAAGAAAUGGGUGACAUCUCAUCAGGCAUGAGCAGUUCCAUUAUGCAGAUUUACCUGAAGCAGGUGCUGGAUUCCUUCUUGCACACGCAGUCCACCGUUCGGCACUUUGCUCUGAGUGUCAUUACACUGACUCUCAGCCAGGGCCUGAUCCAUCCUGUGCAGUGUGUGCCGUACCUUAUUGCCAUGGGAACAGACCCAGAGCCAACCAUGAAGAACAAGGCUGAUCAACAACUGGUGGAAAUUGACAAGAAAUAUUCAGGCUUCAUCCAUAUGAAGGCCGUAGCAGGUUUGAAGAUGUCUUAUCAGGUGCAACAGGCCAUAAAUGGAUCCAAAGGUGCAGUUGUUCGUGGUUUUCGCCACGAUGACUCUGACUCUGCCCUGUGCUCUCAUCUCUACACCAUGGUCCGUGGGAACCGGCAACAUAGACGGGCUUUCCUCAUUUCUCUGCUCAACCUGUUCGAUGACAGCACCAAAACGGAGUUGAACAUGCUGUUGUUCGUAGCGGACAGCUUGGCCUGCUUCCCCUACCAGACCCAGGAGGAGCCUCUUUUCAUCAUGCACCAUAUAGAUAUUACCUUGUCUGUCUCUGGUAGCAACCUGUUGCAGUCUUUCAAGGAGUCUUUAAGGAAAGAGCCCGUGAAGCAGGAAAAGAAGAUGAAGACAAAAAAGAAGAAGAAGAAGAAGAAGAAGCCUCAGAGGAGGAAACACAGCUCUGAUGAGGAUGAUGAUGAUGAUGAUGAUGAUGAAGAGAGCAGCAGUGACUCCAGCAGCAGUGAUGAGGACGAUGAGGUAGUCCACAGGCCAAAGAAAUCUGUGAUUUCAGACUCUGACUCUGAGGUAGAAGAUGAAGAUGCACUGAUGGACCGUCUGCCUGAAAACCCCAUCCCUCUGCUGGACUUUGCCAGUGCUUCACAGGGUAUUCUGCUGCUACUGGUGCUGAAACAACAUCUGAAGAAUCUAUAUGGCUUCUCAGACAGCAAAAUCCAGAAAUAUUCACCCACAGAAUCUGCCAAAGUAUACGACAAGGCUGUGAACAGGAAGUCUAAAGUGCACUUCAAUCCUCGUCAGACACUGGAUUACCUGAAGAGUGACAGGGACAACAUGGAUCUCAGCUAUGAGACCAAGAGGCAUAUUGUGAAACAGUAUUUGGACUUCAAGGUACUAAUGGACCACCUGGAUCAUGACGAAGAGGAUGAGGAGGGCGAAGCAAGUGCCAAUGCCAGAAACAAAGCCAUUACUUCGCUGCUGAAGGGCUCAAAACCUUCGAACCACAACCACAAUAAUCACACUGCUCCAAUGGAGACUGAUGAGGAAGAAAGUGAAGAUGAAGAUCCACCUGCGCGGAAACCAAGGAAAGGCGGGGAUUCUGCAGAGGAUUCAGGUCACAUGAACGAGACAGUGGAGGCCAUGGACGUCGUUGCCAUCUGCCGUCCCAAAUACAAAGACAGACCACAGAUUGCCAGGGUCAUCCAGAAGACCAAAAAUGGCUACAGCAUACACUGGAUGACUGGAUCUUACUCUGGGCCCUGGGCUGUGGCAAAGAAACGGGACGGUCGCAAAAAGGUGCCUUGGGUUGACACUAUCAAGGAGUCAGACAUUAUUUACAAGAAAAUAUCCUUGACAAGUGGACAUAAGCUGACGAACAAAGUGGCACAGACGUUACGGGCGAUAUACGCUGCCAAGGAGGGGACUAAGAGUUAAUCAGCUGACAGAAACCCCUUACAACCCAAAAAUAAAUUUAUGUGGAUCCAGUAUGUUAGAGGGAGAAGACGGACCUGGUGGAGGAAGAAGUAUUGAGAACACUUGUCUGUUUGAAUACAGAGAAAACACACAAGAAGCAAAUGUUUAGGAAAACAUUGUGUGGGAGUUCCUUCGCUGUUGUGCAGCAGCUUCGUUGUUUGAUUUUUACUCCCAUUGUAUCAUAGUUUAACUAAACACAUGUUUAUAUAUGAACAUAAUUCUGUAAAAAAAAAAAAACUGAAUGUUGGAAAUUAGUGCAUUGAUGAUGAUGUUCUUAAUAAAGUGUUUUUUGGAGUUUAAGCUAGCACCAGAUGGAUUUAUUCCCUUGACCUGAUCUCCAACAAGUUUUAACUCUUUUUUUUUUCGUUUGUUUAUUUCUUUACCCACACUGUGUAAUGGAGUAUCUUUGAUAUAAUUUAUUUAUGUUAAAAGCAGUGCAGUAUCUGUGCUUUUAUGCAGGGGAGGUUAUAUUGUUUUUAAUAUAGAUUUUGAUGUUAUAAAACACAGAGCAAGAAAAAAGUGACCCCUGCUCUUCUGGUGGAACAAAUACUGCAAUAAAUUUUUCUUAUGUCUUUGUUA